AAAAAAAAGUUUGAUUGAUAGAUUCAUGAUGGGAAACAACAGGGGUUUCACAGCGCGAGAAUAAAGAAUGAAAACCGGCAGCAUUGAUAAAGGCAUAUCAAUGUGAAAGCUAGCCAUAAAAAGACAAUCGGCUGCACCAGAAUAUAAGAUCUAGGAAGAGUUAUAUGUGCAGCUUGAAUCAAGCACUGAGGCAACUCAUGAAGCACUUCACAUGGUAACUGAACUGAACUAAUCUAAUGCUUUAUAUUAACUUUGACUCAGCCAAUUGUGAGUUGUGACUCGUGUUUUAUUACUAUCUUGAAAGUCUGAUGAUACAUUAAUAAUUCACGAAUGUGCCUAAUGUCUAUGUGUUUGGAUGAGAGAAAUUAAAUGUUGUAGGAAUACAAAGGAGAGGAUAAAAAGUCAGGGACCAGAUCUGCAAUAUCAGAAAAGUUGAUUCAGUUUUAUUCCGUUAAGGGAAGUAGUGGGGAACAAGCCCUAGAAAAUCUCCAUCGUGCUUAAGAAGCUCAAUCUCGCAGCCUCUCUUCAUCUCUCACACAAUUUUCACACAGAAACUGACAUCUAUCAUGGUGAAAGCAAAGAAAUCAGCUCAACAAGCCGAAUCAUCCAAGGAAGAGAAGCAUGCAGAGGCUGAAGGAAGUCGGAGGUCACUUUCUGAUGGCAAACCUGAAUCGCCUCCACCGAGAAACGAUAUGCCUGUUUCUGAUGUACUUCCUGAGGUGACUGAGGAGCUUGACUCGUUCAACACCGCGAAUGAGAAAGCUGCUUCAGAAGACAGCGAUGAAAGAACUCCGGGUCUUGGGGAAGAGCCAUCUGCGAAAGUGCCUGAAGCAGAUCUGCAACCGCUAAUCGGAUCCUCUAAUGCUGACAUUCAAGAUGUUCCUGUCACUGAUAAAUCGACGGAAGAGAAGGAUGAGUCUGCGUUACAGAUGGUGGUCGUUGAAGAUGAGAAGGAACAGAGUGGAGCUGAUGUUGAAUCCGGCAAGGCGGGUGAUGAUGAACCCAAAGAUGAUGAAGCUUCACAGAAGGAAGUGAGAAAGAAACGAGUGCUGCAGCGAUUAGGGUUGCGUUCUGCAAAAGAGAGGAAGACAGGGGAGUCUAGUACACCAACUCAAUCUCACUUUCUCACACCAGGAGAUGCAGCCAAGUCUCCAUAUUUGGCUAAGGAAGCAGAAGCCUCACCCCGGUUGAGAUCGAGAAAGUCUGGUGACAAAAGUGCUGAACCAAUGCCUUCUCUCAUCAAGAAAAGGUAUGAUCAGUUCCUUAAGCGUAAGGUACUUGCUGAGCGUUCGGUAGAUUUGAAGGAGGCUGAUCAGUGGGGGUACUUGGCGGUUAUUAAAAAGGGGUAUAUGGAAUCAACUGUCUCGAAUCUUGCUGUGUAUGUUGAGCAAGUUGUAGCUGAGUUCUAUGCAGGUCUGCCGAGUACCAAAGCUGAAGCAGAUGUUGAUGAAGUAAGUGUCUCUGUGAGGGGACAAACGUACAAGUUCUCACCGGCGCUCAUCAACAAUACCAUAGAUUGGGAACCACUUUCUGAGGAUGAAGUGGAGGAAGAUGCAACUUUGGAUGAAGUCUCAGUAACCGAGUUGGCUUCAUUCAUCACUGGAGAUACGAGGACAGAAUGGGAAGGUCUCACUACAGCGGAUCUUACUUCAUGCUACGGUGCUUUGAUGAUCAUAGCUGCCUACAACUGGAUUCCCUCUACUCACAAGACGUAUGUCUCACUUGAGAGGGCAAGGCUGAUCUACAAGAUGGCUCAUGGAGUUCGUGCUGAUUUGGGUAAGAUGAUGUUCAGACAGAUUCUCAAUCUUGGAGUGACUCAAGUCAAUGAUGCACGUUGGUUGAUCUUCCCUCGCUUGAUCAUGGCACUUCUCCAAAGCCAGCAUGCAGUUCCAUCUUAUCCUAGUGACAAGCUUCAACGUCCGGUUCCUUACAAGAAGGAUAAACGCGUGGGUGAGAUCUAUGAGCAGAGACUAGCUAAAGGAAAGGCACCAUCUAGAAGUGAACCAAAGAGAAGCUCUACCAGGACAACACGUCAGUCAUCUCCUGCUCCGAGCCCUGCUCCACGAACUGCUCCACCAAGCUCCAGGACUGCACCACGACGCGUAUCUGUCUAUGAGCUUGGAUCAGUUGCCAUUCCUCAAGGACCACUUAACCGUGUUGAUUUGCAAGUGGCCUUACAGGACACAACACGAGCUCUUCAGGCGCUAGCUGAGAUAGUUCAGGAUCUUCAGAGCGCUGUAGCAGGGGGAGAAGAAGAAGACUAAGAAGGAAGACCAAGAUUGUGGGGGAGCUGUGUUAUUUGUUUUUAUGUCUAUGUUAUUUCAAUUGCACCACUUGUUGCAAUUCCUUGUUAUCCAUGUUUUCAGACUGGCUAAGAUUAUGGGGGAGCAUUUGCAUAUGCUAUCUUUUGAUAUUAUGUACUAAUUUGCUUGAACCCGUUUUUAGGAUAAUAUAAGUAUGUUCUUAAUUAUCUUGAGUUGGUUGAAUUAACAUUUAGACAUAUAUACUUGUGUUGUUGUGUGUGGUUUGUUCUUGUCUUCUAUCUCAGGUACUUGUGAGACGACGAAUUAAAAAGGGGGAGAUUGAAGGUGUAUGGGAAGACGAUGCUGUAGCAGAGUUGAAGUAGUUCAUGAAGUGUGACAUGAACUACUACAUCAGAGAGGAGGUUCGUGAGAAGCAUGUAUCAAGACCGAUGCAUUAAAAGAAGAUUUAAUGAAGAGGGACACUAAAGGAAGACUUGAAGAAGAAGCAAUCGAUCUAAAGAGAAAAAGGAAGAUUGGCUUAUUCGCUGAAGUAAAAGAAAUGGAAAGUUUCCAUUGGGUAGUUAGAUUAGAUCUAGGGCUUCCUCAAAGAUAUAUAAGGAAGCCGUGGCACUGUGUUAAGGUUUAACACAUAGGGAGAGCUUUUAGCAAUAGAGAGUUUUUGUACGUCCUAAGAAGGAGAAGCAAAGCAUCUAGGGGUUAAGAG